AAGAAAGAGAGUCCAUUUUGGGUCUAAGAGAGACCAUAUUUGGGCGCAGGAAAGCAUUACUAUAAAUUUGCUUGUUUCUUCCCGCCUGUGAUUCCAUUCCAUUUCCAAGGCAAAAAAAAAACACCUAGAGGAGAGAGAGAAAAUGGUUCGAGGUGGAAAGAAAGAAGUGGGGAAUAGAGAAGCAAAUCCAGAAGGAGAAGAGCGAAGAAGACUGAAGAAACUGGCACUCUCGAAGAACAUACUGUCGGAAGCUCCGGCGAGGGCUUGUUCAACUCUGAGGCCGUCGAAGACUGUGACCAAACACCACGGCAGAGACAUACUGAGGAAGUCUCAGCGCAAGAACAAAUUCCUCUUCUCCUUCCCCGGCCUUCUCGCUCCCAUCUCCGGCGGCAAGAUAGGCGAGCUCAAGGAUCUCGGGACCAAAAACCCUAUCCUCUAUCUCCAUUUCCCUCAGGGCCAAAUGAAGUUGUUUGGGACUAUUGUUUAUCCAAAGAACAGGUACUUGACCCUGCAGUUCUCUAGAGGUGGGAAGAAUGUCAUGUGCGAGGAUUACUUUGAUACCAUGAUUGUAUUUUCUGAUGCAUGGUGGAUUGGGAGGAAAGAAGAGAAUCCUGAAGAAGUCCGUCUUGAGUUUCCCAAGGAGCUGAAUGAGGGACAACCUGUGGAGUUUGAUUUUAAAGGUGGUGCAGGGGGGGCAGCAGCUGAAAGCAUUAAAGGUGUUAGCAAAUCUGUAAAUAGAUCUGUAGUACAACAGUCUCCUAAAGCUGAGGUAGAAAAUGAUUUAUCUGAUGGACAAAAUAAUGUGAAGGAUUCCAUUGAAGUGACACCAACUCGACAAUCGAAGAGAAGUGCUGGAAAAACAUUCAAGUUUGCAGAAGUUUCUUCUGGAGAUGACUCUGUUGAAACCGAUGCUGACACGACCGAAGGAGAGGAAGAUAAAGUUGAUGUGGGGCAUCCAAUGAGGAACUAUUCUCCUGGAAAGACUGAAAAUUCUUGUUCUCUAGUUGAAAUUGACAAUGAGGAUGCUUCAAUGCUAACUCAUAAUUCAGGACAAGUUCAAAAAUCUGCUAUGUCAGUGACAAAAUCUGAGGAACACUCUCACACAAAUCAUACUUCUCUUGUCCAAGCUACUAUAUCUACAUUGUUUAAGAAGGUGGAGGAAAAGAAGGCGCCAAGAAAUCUAAAGAAGUCCCCGUCAUCAAAAGUUUCUGGCCAGAAUACGCGGCGUGCUGAUUCUAAACGGAAGAUUGGUGAAGUUAAAGCUGAGGGACCCAGGAAAAAGGGGAAAGUGACCGAAGGAGGGAAAGCUGGGACAAGAAGUACACCGAGGAAGAAACAAUUAGAGGUUGAAGCUGAAGAUAUUGAAGAGUUCUCAAGCACAUCAAAGGAUACGGAUGGGAGCGAUGAAGAUUGGGGUGUUUGAGAUCAUAAAAUUGCUAAGAUGAUGAUGAGGGCAUUCCAAAAAAAUGUUAAAGCGAGUGUUGUAUGUUACUUUGAAUGUAAAUAUGGUCUAGUAGGUUAAUAUAUUGUAUUUAUGUAGCGUUGUCUUUCAUGUUCUGGUGAAAAUUCUUUUACAUAGAAGUAUAAGAAAACAAAUCUUACUGA